AUGGAGAUCGAUGCCGGGAGCCCUCCCUCGCAGUCAUAUACGAUCCUACGAAUCAAACGCAAGAGAAAUGAAGAGCCUCUCGAUGCGCUAGGCAUGCCUUUCUUGGCUUGCCUACCCAAGUUCAUUCGCGUCUUCCAAUUCGCACAGACGGUCGAACCGGAGACGUGGAAGGAUGAAACUUCUCAACGCGAUCUAGAGGAACAAAUCACACGACUCGCCCGUGAACGCGCGACGGCCGCCCAGGAUCCCCAAAGUCUCUCUACGGCGCCAAAUCCAAAUCCAAAUCCUAGGGCGUCGCCGACGGUGGCCAAAGAUGAACUCUUCCGCCGGUAUACGGUCAUCCAGCAAGAAGCGGAAGGCGCUCGAAAACGACGGGCGACAAGCCCACCGCGCGUCAUCUCCGCCAAAGAUCUGCCUCCCAAGCCAAGAAACGGAUUCAAAUUGUACGACGCGGUCCUGUCGUCCGACUCUCCUCGUGCCGGCACCAGCGAUGAGGGCAUGGAUGCUUUCAGUUCUCUGCUGGAGGACUACCUAAAAAUGAACGAUAUCACGCCUUCCCCCGCCGUUGACAUCAUCCCGCCUUCAUCGUCGGAAGACUAUGUUUGGGAUCCAAUGUUGGCACACUGCAAGUUUUCGAGAGCAUCGCACCGUCUGCGGCUUACAAGCUACAGGACGGGGCUCCCUCCAUCUAUCACCGAUCCCUACGACUCUGAUUCCGAUGAGGAGGAGGAAGACGAUGCAGAUGAAGACUCCAAUGCGGAGGAAUAUUACAAGAAUGACUAUCCGGAUGAAGAAGACAGCGUUUCGGACGACGGGAACGUCGACGAUCGAGAGUUUUACGAAGAUUCAGAAGAGGAGGUCGAAUAUGACGACGGAUCUGAUCAUGAUUGGAGAUGACGAGAAAUUCGCUUGAGCAAGAAUCCUCCCCAUUGCUGCCAGCGCUUUGACAUCGCUGCACUAUUAGAUCCUAUUUGCUUAUACAAUGUCGUCGUUGAGGAGCGUAAACGAUAUCAAUGAUGGCACUCAGCGUCGACAGGCAGCUAUCUGCUAGUUGGCGAUGGCCUCUCCGCCAACAUCCCGGUACAUUAUUGAGUGUUCGAGCGCUGAGAGCGUUUGCGACCGAACGUCAAGAGACCCAAGAACGCA